AUGACAUUAGACAGAAUCGUAUCCGAAUUUGAGGAGUGUUAUGGUUCUAAACCUAAGCUAGUUUAUGCGGCAGAUGCAGACUAUACCAUAGAUAAGGGUCUAGUUCCCCUAAGAAAUCCUAUCCAGUGUCAUAAGGUUCUUGAUUACCUAGAAUUGCUUGGCCAUGGAGAGAUUGCUUUUUAUGCAGAUCAUGAGGUUGAUCCUAUGCCUACUUUUGUAGUGAAGGAGAUGUUUUUAGAAGAGACUGAAAAUAGUGAUUUAGAGGGUAAACAUGGGGUACAGAUUACUGGUGAGGAUAAGGGAGUUCAGAGCACUGAUGGUGGGGUAGAAGAUGGAGAGGAUGUUGAGUUAGAAGAGGAAGAUGAGGCUGAGUUAGAAGAGGGAGAUGAUGUUGAGUUGGAAGAGGAAGAGGAGGCUGAGGUAGAAGAGGGAGAUGAGGGUGAGGUGAGAGGAAGAGAGCAUGGUGAUGAUGACAAUUCAAGUGUAUACAGUGAGUGUUGGGAGAGUGAUGAUGAUGUUAAGAGCUUAGAGCAGUUGGUAGGGAGUGUUGAAGGAGGAGAGGAGGGUAGUUUUCAGCUAGGAAUGACCUUUGCAGGAGCAAAGGAGGCUAGGGACAGCAUAAAUGCUUAUGCUGUGAAGUUUGGCUACAAGUUAAAGUUUCUAAAAAAUGAAAAGACUAGGAUUAGAGUGGUUUGCAUCAAUGACCAACAAUGUCCAUUUCUGAUGCAUGUCUCUAAAGAUGGGGAUAUUGAAGGCUUAGGUAUCAAGACCCUAGUUGCAGACCACACAUGUUGCAAACAAAGGGAAGUCCCUAGUGCUAGCCAAUCAUAUUUGGCCAAAUACUUUAAAGGGGCAAUCUACAGAAAUCCUAGGUUUACUUCUAAGGAUAUGCAAGGUCAUGUUAAAGACCAUUUGAAGCUUCAUGUUAGUUUACACAAGUGUAAAAGGGCAAAGAAAGAGAUAAUAUGCAAGCUUGAGGGUAGCUACAAAGAGGAGUUCAAUAGGCUAGUUGCCUAUUGUAACAUUGUUAAGGAAUGUAUGCCUGGGAGUAAGAUGGAACUCCAACUGUCGACCGAGCAUAUCCAGAACCAAAGACAUGUCUUUAAGAGAAUAUUUGUCAUGCUAGAGCCUUGUAGGUUGAACUGGCUAGGGGGGUGUAGGCCAAUAAUCUGUCUUGAUGGUUGCCAUUUGAAGGGUAAGACAUUUGGGUGUCUUUUGACAGCAGUAGGAAAAGAUGGGAAUGAUGGAAUUGUGCCCAUUGCUUGGGCAGUUGUAAACAAGGAGAACAAGAAUAACUGGAAGUGGUUUCUCAUGUGGUUGAGGCAGGAGCUCAAUCUUGGAGCAGGUGAUGAAGUGACAUUGAUGUCAGAUAUGCAAAAGGGGUUGAUGGAGGCUGUAAAAGAAGUGACUCCUGCAGCUGAACAUAGGUGGUGUGCGAGGCAUAUUUAUGCCAACUGGAGCAAGAAGUGGAGAGGAGAGGAGUUAAAGAAACGGUUUUGGGCUACUGCAUGGAGCUCUUUCCAGCAAAAGUUCAAGUUCAACCUAGCCAAGGUUUCUGCCAUAAACAAGAAGGCAGUUGAGGACCUACUCCACUAUCCUACUGAGAACUGGUGCAAGGCUUAUCAAAGCACAAGGUGUUCCACAUACAUGGUAGACAACAACAUCAGUGAGUCUUUCAAUUCAAGUAUUUCUGAUGCUAGACAUAAGCCGAUUAUUUCAAUGCUAGAAGAGAUUAGGAUGCUAGUAAUGAGUAGGAUAAAGGAUAGGAAACAACUUGUUGAUCACUGGAAAACUGAAUGGUGUCCUAAGGCAAUGCAAAUGUUUGAGGCAAACAAGGCAGCUUCUAUGAAUUGUAAUGUUCUUUGGAAUGGUGACUACGGAUAUGAGGUUGAAGAGGGAGAAGACAAGCACAUAGUAUUUGUGGAUACUAAGAAGUGCAGUUGUAGGAUGUGGGAUUUGAGUGGUAUCCCUUGCCCUCAUGCCAUUGCUGCCUUUUACUCAAGUCAGUUGGACCCCUUAUCUGUGAUGAGCAAUUGGUACCAUAGCUCCAUGUAUAGAAAAAGUUAUGAGCAUGCUAUACAGCCAAUCCCUGGGUACAAGUUUUGGGAUAUACAGUUUAAAGAUUACAUUGAGGCUCCACCGGUUGAGAAGAAGAUAGGAAGGCCCAAAAAGAACAGAGUAAGAGCUUCUAAUGAGCCGAGGUUGAAACACAAGCUUUCAAGGAUUGGUAAAACACAGCACUGCAGCAUUUGUGGAAGUGCAAGCCACAAGAAACACAAAUGCCCUGAACGGCCUACACAGGAUUCAACUACCACAAAGCUUGCCAAGAAGCAGAGAGGUUCAAUAACUGGGGUUGGUCUAUAUGUGAACAUUGAGACAGGAAAACAGAUACUAAAUCCUGGAGGGUCACAAUCAGUUGUGAUCGAUGAAGGCUCACAAAAGGAGGCAGAUCCCAAUACUAGGUUCCCUAUACCAAACGAAGCAGAGAUAAAGAGAGGAGAAGGUAGCUCAAGUGGAGUCACAGGGAAGGGCAAGAAACACCAAAGCAAACCAUUCAAAGCUCCAAGAGGGAAAACAGAUGCUGUGGAUCAAGAACUAGUCCUCAGAAGAAGUCCAAGGAGACAGAAUGUGAUCUCAACUGUUGGAUCAACAUCCACUAAUUGA